AGCAGGAGACCCCCUAAUUUAAUACUCACCAUGCUUCAAGUCGUCUAAUUCUGCUGUGUAAAGAUGCACACUCUGUCUCCCUCGUUCUUGUUAUCGAAGCUUGACCAGCUUAAAAAACUCCUUUACCUGAUUUAAAAUGCUUUUGUCUCCUUAAAGGUAUUUCUCCUUUGAGCUUCUGAAAUGGGCUUUAAUGGCGACUUUAAAUGAAGGAAAAACCCAUCAAAAUCCCCAAAUGGAAACCUUGUAGGAGAAAAAGGACAAGAGGAAGAAGAAGAUACAAUGGAAACAGAGGAGCCUCAGCCACUGAGCCCGGCUGCUCGUCUCUUUAAGCAGCCCCUUUUCAAUUGCAGUAUUCUUUGUAUGUUAGGAUUAGGGAAAAAAGUCACCGAUAUUGAAGCUGUAAUGGCAGGGCUAGAGAGAACCAUGGCGAGGCAUCCUAGAUUCUCGAGCAUCGUGAAAGAGGAUAGUUCUGGUAAGCAACAAUGGGUUAGGACCAAUGUGGUUAUGGAGGACCACAUUAUUACACAACCUUUUGAUGAAGAUCAAGAAGCUAAUGGGGCAGAUUUGAUAGAUCAAUACAUCACAAAACUGAGCACUACUCCAUUAGAUAUGUCAAAGCCCCUUUGGGAACUCCAUAUAUUGAAUUUGAAGACCGAUGAAGCCGAGGCGACGGCCAUUUUUCGAAUCCACCACUCUUUGGGGGAUGGCAUUUCGUUGAUGUCUCUUUUGAUGGCAUGUACGAGGAAAACGAGUGACCCUGAUUCACUUCCCUCUGUACCCCAGCGAAAGGAAAAGCCAUUAGAGAAUAGAAGUGGUUUAUUGUCCAUUUUAAGUAGGAUUUGGGUAAUUUUUCUGACCAUUUGGUAUACAUUGAUGGACCUUUUGCUCUUUAUACCCAAUACCUUGUUUUUGAAGGACACUGAUACCCCAAUUAAGGGCUUACCUGGUGUUGAGAAAAGUCCCAAGAAGGUUGUUCACUUGACUCUUAGUUUGGAUGACAUGAAGAAAAUGAAAUAUCAUGUAAAUGGGACUUUGAAUGAUGUUAUGUUGGGAAUUACAUCAGCUGGCCUUGUCAAAUACCUUGCCAGACGAUAUGAAUUAUCAAAAGAGAAUCACAAUGGGAAAACAGAGAAACCAAGUUUCCCCCAAAACAUUCAUAUACGAUCAUCUCUCUUGGUUAACUUGAGAAGUGCACCAGGGCUCCAUGAAUUAGCCGAGAUGAUGAAGGACAAGUCGAAAAAAGCAAGAUGGGGAAAUCGUAUGGGGUAUUUGGUCUUUAAAAUGCCUAUGUUGAGACACACCGAUCCUUUGGAGUACUUUCGUGAGGCGAAAGCCAUUAUUGAUAGAAAGAAAAUGUCAUUCGAGCCCUUCAUCACUUAUUUUAUUGGGAAACUCGUGGUUCGACUUUUUGGAAUCAAGAGUGCAGCACGCAUGAUGCAUACUGCUCUCUCAAACACCACCUUCUCUUUCUCAAAUGUGAUGGGCCCCACAGAGGAGGUCGAAUUUCUCGGUCUUCCUAUCGUCUUUAUUGCACCCACCGUUUAUGGUCAUCCUCAUGCUCUCACAAUACAUUAUCAAAGCUAUACAAACAAAGUGAAAUUGGUUAUAUGUGUGGCUGAAGAGACCAUCCCUGAUCCAUUCAACCUUUGCCAAGACAUAGCUGACGCUUUGAAGCUCAUGAUCUCAGCAGUUAAAGAUUAAACCUUUUUCAAAUGACGCAUGUAAUUUAAUUUUGAGCUGAUCUUUUAAACACAAGUUAGCUCAAAACACAUUUCAAAUGGCGAUGUAAUUUUGAGCUAAUCUUUUAAGCACAGGUUAGCUCGGAUUUGAGCUUUGGACCCUGCUUCGGACAUAAUGAAUCAGUCAUUGAUUUGAACCUUCAAGUUAGUUUUUUUUGUUUGGUA